AUGGCCUCCCACCGCAUCGGCGCCCGCCUGUCUGGCCUCUCGCCAGAGCAGCUCGUCGCCUUCAUCGACGAGCAAGCGCCUCUCUGGAGCGCCGCCGCAAUGCGCGUGGCGGAGGAGCACGCCGCUCGGCUCGUGGAGCAGCCCGAGUGGGUGCUCUCCGAGGUCCUCCUCUCGCCGGACCUCGCCCCGCACAUCCUCGCCCAGCUUCCGACCAAGGAGCACGCCGCCAAGGGGACUCCCUCAGUACGGCUUUAUACGCAGCCAGACGCACGCUAG